AUGGGUAAUAAAGGUAAAUUAUACUUUUAUAUCUAUCGCGGAAAUGAGACAAGUGCUGAUGACUUAACAAGAAGUAUUGUCGAAAAGCUCAAAGAAUUUGUGUUCGCUUCAACUGGUAUAUUGCUAUCUUGCCAAGGAUACUCGGGCAUCCCGCUGCGCGGCGAAUUUGCGUUGGACUUGGCCGAAAAUGAAACAUACAAAAUAAUCAAUAUCCUAUUUUCGCUAUCCAACGAGUUGGAUGACCUUGUAUUUCGCAUCGAAACCGAGACGCCGAACGCGAAUCCGUUCUACGUUGAAUGUUUGAAAAAUGAAGUUGUGCCGAAAUGGGUGACGGACGCGAAGAAAUUCGUGGAAAACAUCUUCGGCUAUGGCGGAGUUUUGCAUGUGAUCACACCGGAAAUCGAGAAGAAGUGGCCGAAUUUGCCAAAGAUUGACGUGAUUCGUAAAGAAUCGCAAAAGACUCGAAAUAUUCUCGUCACGGAAUCGAUCAAACAGAAACUUGAUGCGGCUGCUUCGAGAAGUUUUGGAAUGCAGAGGACGAGCGUCAACGUACCUGCCGAGCUUGCUUAUAUCGUCAAAGAGCGUCCAGAUUUGUUGAGCGCCGCGAUCCGUGAAUUCAAAACGAUUCCUGAAAGGCAUGGCAAGGAACUCGAACAGAAAUUGAACGAAACGGAUUGCGUCAUGGUUCAUGUAUUGCUUAAUGAGACGGAUUGGAAGAUUGUCACCGCGUUUGCUGAUAUCGAAUCACCGACGGAUAUCGUUUCGCAUCGAAUUUCAUUGGCAAUGUUGGCGUUUGAUGAAAAAUAUUCAUCGAUUCCGAACGGACUCGAUCAUCCAACGGAUGCGACAUUCCAAAAAGUGGGGGAUCGGUUUGAGCGAGAACGCCUUCAGUCGAUUCAACUCGCUUUAUUUGGUCAACCGCACUCGUUGUCUCAUAUGUAUCAAUGCGCCAAGACUAUGACAACGAGCAAACAUCACGCGGAAUGUCGUAAAGUUUUUGUGGACGAGAGUUCAUCAGCCGAUCAGCAAAGCGUCUAUUCGGGCGAUGACGAUGAGGCGUCUUAUAAGGCGAACUAUGCGCGACGGCAAGUAUUCAAAAAACGAAAGAAGGGCGACCUUGGCAAAAAACGCCAACUCGCCGCGGUGAUAACAAAAUCAAAUGCACCCGAAGUGCAGCACGCGCACGAAAUGGAAUUGGCGACGCCGACGAGCUCGGCACAAUUGAAGAACUUUGAGCGUGCGGUGAAUGGAGAUGAUGUCUAUUAUAAGGAAUCCGAAUGCGACUCUCUUGGUGAGGAUGAGGAGCUGGAUAUGUUCGUUGGAAAAACAAAAUUGAAAAAAGCGACGCUGAAUGCGAACAAGAAGGAUGAUAAUGAGAAAUUUGCGGAGAUUGAUCGAAAAUUGGAGUCCGAGGAUGACGGAUUCGAUGUGGCUGAUUUGCUCAGAGCAGCUCCGCCACUUGCCAAAUAUGACGAAUUUGAUGAAUUUGACAGUAUUUGA